AUGGCGAAUAACUCGUUUCGAGACUCCGUCAACUCGCUAGGAUGGUCGCGUAGAGAUCCGGAUCUGCCCGUACGCACUGGCGCGUCAUCGAACACCUCGUUCUUUUCCCGUCUGCAGACUUACAACCCGUUCGGUGAAGGAGGUUAUGUUCAACUGCCCACUCACAAUGAAGGUCCCGGUGCCCCGUUACCGGCACCCAAUCGACGGGAAGAAGAAGAGGGCUUUUUUGCUUUGAGUCGGUGGGACCGCAUGCUCAUCUUUGGUGCAUGUAAUUUGGGCGCAGCCGUCUGUUUCAUGCUCUGCUUCUUCCUGUUCCCUGUCUUGACACUGAAGCCCCGCAAAUUCGCAGUCCUAUGGUCUGUCGGCUCAGUCCUGUUUUUGAUAUCAUGGGCGGUUCUCAUGGGACCGCGGACAUACGCUAAGCAUCUGAUCUCUGGAGCACGACUGCCAUUCACAGCAGCCUAUUUCGGAUCGAUUGCGCUCACACUAUACUUUGCUAUCGGGCUUCAGUCGCUCUUCCUUACCCUCAUUUCCUCCAUCCUCCAGCUCGUCGCCCUGGUCUGGUACCUUGUCAGCUAUUUCCCUAUGGGCAGCACCGGUCUGCAAUAUGUCGGUCGUUUCGGAGCUUCGCGUGUUACCUCCUGGAUCAAUGGUUGA